AUGGGAUAUAUGCUAACGGGAUAUGAUGAUGUUGAGAUUUUGAGAGUACAUCGCCGAGGAAACGGCGGGUUAACGCUGGAUAAAUCAAGAACGUUACAUGUACGGGAGACUGGAGGGAAUAAUGUGAAGACGGAAGUCGGUCUUGCCGUGUCGGUGGUGGCUGUGAGAUUCUCGGGAGAGUCUCGAGGCCAAGGAGAAGAAGAACUAUCGACUCGUCGACCUCUCGGCUAA